AAUGUUUCUUCCCUUGGAGGUCACACUUCCAGUGCUGGGGGUUUUUUUUGUUGUUGUUGUUUUGUUUUUUUUUUUUUUCUCUUGAGGGUGCCGUCAUACUGUUUUGUGAUCAGGACAAAAAAUAAGGCGGGAAAAGUGCUGCAUGAAGACCAAAGAGACCCUCUGCGGGGAGCAGCAGGGCACAACCCUGCGGGGACCCCCCUAUGCUCAGGCUGUUUAUGGAAUUGUAAACCGGGCUGCAAGGGAGAGACGGUCUGGAGGCAGAGGAGAGGGGGAGCUCAUUCCUCCUCCCUCUCUGUCUCAAAGCCCUUUGCUUUCCAAGCUCGGAUGCAGCUGAAAUCUGACGCCUGGACUGCACGCACUGUGAGACGUGGGCAUGCCCUUGCAGUGCGCUGAUUUCCUCCGCAGCUCGGAGAGCCGGAGCCACGCUGAGGCUCAGGAGAGGAGUCACUCCAUCAGGCAGUGAGUGCCACAUCACUGUGCUGCCUGUGCAAGGGGCUCCAGCAUGGUCCUGAGGCUCCUGCUCCUCCUCGCUGGGCUGCUUAGGGCCACCAAGCCAGCACCCCGCUGCGAAACCGGCCAGGAGACCCUAGGUCAAUGCCAAACUGUACAGAAAGCAAAAUGCGUGGAUAUUGCCCUGAGUUCUUGUACUGAUGUUGCCUAUACUCAAAUGGUGUAUCCUAACUUUCUGGAUCAGAAGUCUCGAGAAGUGAUUGAGUACAGCUCCGAGUACCUGCUCAUCAGCGUGCUGCACAACUUGCUCCAGGGGGAAUGCAACCCCGACCUGAGGCUCCUGGGCUGCUCAGUGCUGGCCCCGCGGUGUGAAAAGGACAAAGUCGUAAAGCCCUGCAGACACGUCUGUGAAAGCCUCAAAAGAAAUUGCCUCCCUGCCUUUGAUGCCAUAGACAUGGCCUGGCCCUACUUCUUAGACUGUGACCGCUUCUUUGCUGGGGAGGAAGAGGGCUGCUUUGACCCGCUGGCAAAGCUGCGAGGAGAAGUAGAUGCUGAGGAAGAUUUGCCUUCAGACUUGCCAGCGACCUUUAUUCAGUUCAAGCACCAUUCAUAUUCCCAAAUGGUGAGCACCCUGAAGAAGACUGCUUCUAAGUGCUCCCACAUUGCAACGACUUACAGCAUAGGUCGCAGUUUUGAAGGAAAGGAUCUUUUUGUGAUUGAAUUUUCAACCAAGCCUGGACACCAUGAACUGCUCAAGCCAGAAUUUAAGUACAUUGGCAACAUGCAUGGAAAUGAAGUUGUGGGGAAGGAACUGCUGAUAUACCUCGCACAGUAUCUGUGUUCAGAAUAUCUUCUUGGGAACCCUCGCAUCCAGACCUUGGUUAACAACACCAGAAUUCAUCUCCUGCCAUCACUCAAUCCUGAUGGGUAUGAACUGGCUGCAGAAGAGGGGGCUGGUUACAAUGGAUGGGUCAUCGGACGACAGACAGCUCAGAACUUGGACCUGAACAGAAAUUUCCCAGAUUUGACAUCCGAGGCUUACAGAAGAGCAGGGAUACGUGGGGCACGCUUGGACCACAUUCCCAUUCCACAGUCCUACUGGUGGGGUAAGGUGGCCCCUGAGACAAAAGCUGUCAUGAAGUGGUUGAGGUCUAUCCCAUUUGUGCUCUCUGCCAGCCUCCACGGGGGUGAGCUGGUUGUGACUUAUCCUUACGACUAUUCAAAGCAUCCUAUGGAAGAAAAAAUGUUCUCCCCUACACCUGAUGAAAAGGUGUUCAAAAUGCUGGCUAAAGCCUACGCAGAUGCACAUCCCAUCAUCUCAGACCGGUCUGAACUUCGCUGUGGUGGGAAUUUUGUAAAGCGUGGAGGUAUUAUAAAUGGUGCUGAGUGGUACAGCUUCACUGGAGGUAUGGCAGAUUUUAAUUACCUUCACACAAAUUGCUUUGAAGUUACUGUGGAGGUAGGAUGUGAAAAGUUUCCUUUGGAGGAAGAACUGUUUACAAUCUGGCAUGAAAACAAAGGUGCCCUUCUGAAUUACAUGGAAAUGGUUCAUCGGGGGAUAAAAGGAAUUGUGUCCGAUAAGUUUGGCAACCCAAUAAAAAAUGCUCGUAUUUCAGUCAGGGGCAUUCAGCAUGAUGUCACCACAGCUGCCGAUGGAGACUACUGGCGACUCCUGCCUCCGGGGACGUACAUCAUCAGCGCCCAGGCGCCGGGCUACAGCCGUGUGAUGAAGAGGGUCACCAUCCCUGCCAGGAUGAAGCAGGCUGGGCGCGUGGACUUCGUGCUGCGGCCCGCCGAGGCCUGGCCCAACAAGCUCCUGCGCCGCUCCAUGGAGGACGCGUACGACCCUUACGACCCACUGGAACUGUUCGACCCUCACGCCCAGCACGGGCAGCGCGAGGCUCGAGGAGGGUCCUCCCCAGGCAGGGAGAAGCCCUGGUGGUGGUCGUACUUCAGCUCUCUAGACCUCCACAAACCUCUGUGGCUGCUCAAGCAGCGCUGAGGGCACCGCCACGCUCUGCUCAGCUCACUCCGGUGCCCUCCCACUCCGUUCCAGACACCCUCACGGCUCUUUGGCAAUAUUUAAAUGUUUCAUUUGAAAAAUAUAAUAUUAAUUCAAGCACGCUUGCUUCUCUUGUUUUCUCUUCACACACAACUGAGUAUAUUCAAGUGGGUUUUUAAGUAUUAAAAGCAACGGUGCGCAUCUAUUCAAAGGCGAGAUUUUAUGCAGUUUUUUUUUCUUGGUAAUGCUCUGUAGUUCUGCCCAUGUAGUUAAUCAUCACAUUCAUUAUUUAUUGGAUUCUAAGUACCUGCAGGAAAAUAUUCCUGAUCCUUUAAUGCAUUUUUGUGCAUGUUUUAAUACAUUAAUGAUAACAUACUAAAAACAACAUUCAGAAACACUCAGAAAACUCUUUUAUUUUCUCUUUCUACAUUAGCAUAUUAAGGUCAUUACCUCUUCUAAUAACAGCUCAAAAUGCAGGGUCUUUUUUUAA